CCUGGUAGGGCGGAGGUGAGAGUGGGAAGCAGAAUCUCCUCCCAGGCACCAGGCCACAGGUUGGAUGUUUACUUUCCAGACACGGUUCUGUGCCUCCUCCCUCUUUUCCUUCACCAGAAAUGUGGCUUUGGGUCCUCAAGAGCUGAGUGCUGUACCCUUCCUACUCUGGAAAGCAGGAAGCACCAGAGUUGGGCUCAGGGGAGAAACCGAUCCUGGCCCUGGGUUGCCAGCCCUCCUCUCUCUGGGGGCACAGCAUACUCUGCCCCCUCAGCUCCAGAUGCAGGGGAGGGGACAUCCCCCUCUCUUCCUCCGCCCGCCCGCCCCCCAGCACUGCAGGCAGCCUCUCCCUUCCCCCGGGGCUGCUGCAGCCUGCCCAGCAUCUUAAUUAGCUCUGCUGCCUAAUGAACCUCCCAUUCCUCCGUCCCUCUGCUUCCCAGCCUUCGGCUUGAUUUGGGGAUCCCUGUGUGUGCAUCCCAGGCUCUCUGGCACGGUUCCUCAUGGUGGCUGUUGUCUGGGGCAAAUACAGCAAGAGGAAAGGGCGAUUCAAACGAUCAGAUGGGAGCACAUCCUCGGAUACGACAUCCAACAGCUUUGUCCGCCAGGGCUCGGCCGAGUCCUACACCAGCCGCCCUUCGGACUCUGAUGUGUCUCUGGAGGAGGACCGGGAAGCAUUAAGGAAGGAGGCAGAGCGCCAGGCCUUGGCCCAGCUCGAGAAAGCCAAGACCAAACCAGUGGCUUUUGCUGUUCGGACAAAUGUUGGCUACAACCCAUCUCCCGGGGACGAGGUGCCUGUGCAGGGAGUGGCCAUCACCUUUGAGCCCAAAGACUUCCUUCACAUCAAGGAGAAGUACAACAAUGACUGGUGGAUUGGGCGGCUGGUGAAGGAAGGCUGCGAGGUCGGCUUCAUCCCCAGCCCCGUCAAACUGGAUAGCCUUCGCCUGCUGCAGGAACAGACCCUGCGCCAGAACCGCCUCAGCUCCAGCAAGUCCGGGGACAACUCCAGUUCCAGUCUGGGAGACGUGGUGACUGGCACCCGCCGCCCCACGCCCCCUGCCAGUGGUAACGAAAUGACUAACUUAGCCUUUGAGCUAGACCCCCUAGAGUUAGAGGAUGAGGAGGCAGAGCUGGGGGAGCAGAGCGGCUCCGCCAAGACUAGUGUGAGCAGCGUCACCACGCCGCCACCCCACGGCAAGCGCAUCCCCUUCUUUAAGAAGACAGAGCAUGUGCCCCCCUACGACGUGGUGCCUUCCAUGAGACCCAUCAUCCUGGUGGGACCGUCGCUCAAGGGCUAUGAGGUAACAGACAUGAUGCAGAAAGCAUUGUUUGACUUCCUGAAGCAUCGCUUUGAUGGCAGGAUUUCCAUCACUCGGGUCACGGCCGACAUUUCUCUGGCCAAGCGCUCAGUCCUCAACAACCCCAGCAAACACAUUAUCAUCGAGCGCUCCAACACACGCUCCAGCCUGGCUGAGGUACAGAGCGAGAUUGAGCGGAUCUUCGAGCUGGCCCGGACCUUGCAGCUGGUCGCCCUGGACGCUGACACCAUCAACCAUCCAGCCCAGCUCUCUAAAACUUCGCUGGCCCCCAUCAUUGUUUACAUCAAGAUCACAUCUCCCAAGGUACUGCAGAGGCUCAUCAAAUCUCGAGGGAAGUCUCAAUCCAAACACCUCAAUGUCCAAAUAGCAGCCUCGGAGAAACUGGCACAGUGUCCCCCCGAAAUGUUUGACAUAAUCCUGGACGAGAACCAAUUGGAAGAUGCCUGCGAGCACCUGGCCGAGUACUUGGAAGCCUACUGGAAGGCCACACACCCGCCCAGCAGCACGCCACCCAAUCCGCUGCUGAACCGCACCAUGGCUUCCGCAGCUCUGGCUGCCAGCCCUGCCCCCGUCUCCAACCUCCAGGGACCCUACCUUGCUUCCGGGGACCAGCCGCUGGACCGGGCCGCUGGGGAGCAUGCCAGCGUGCACGAGUACCCCGGGGAGCUGGGCCAGCCCCGGGGCCCUUACCCCAGCAACCACCCACCUGGCCGGGCAGGCACCCUGCGGGCACUGUCCCGCCAAGACACAUUUGAUGCUGACACCCCCGGCAGCCGAAACUCUGCCUACACGGAGCCGGGAGACUCGUGUGUGGACAUGGAGACAGACCCCUCAGAGGGCCCAGGGCCUGGAGACCCUGCAGGGGGAGGCACACCACCAGCCCGGCAGGGUUCCUGGGAAGACGAAGAAGACUAUGAGGAGGAGAUGACCGACAACCGGAACCGGGGCCGGAAUAAGGCCCGCUACUGUGCGGAGGGUGGUGGGCCGGUUCUGGGGCGCAAUAAGAAUGAGCUGGAGGGCUGGGGACAAGGCGUCUACAUCCGCUGAGAGGCAGGGGCAGCGUCGGGAGAGGAAAGGCUCUGAGCCCGGGGAGGGGAGAGAAGAGGGGCGCACCACCCGAGAUGUGUCUUGCCUCUAGGGGGCGCUGUGUCCCUCACUUUCAGAUGCCUUUGCUCAAAGACGGGGGUUUCUUUGGUGGUUAUCAUCCCAACUCCUGGGAGGCCCUAAAUCCCCAGCUCUAGGUUCUUCCCUAACUGCUGUGGGUGGAUGGGGGAAUACCUACUUUCUGAAGUGCCCCCCUUUCCCCAUCUUAGGGGGGCUCUCUCCCUCCCAGAGAAAAGGUGCACUUCCUCAACUCUUUCUACUCGGGGCUGAACGGGAAGGUCCUAAUAGGGGCGGGGGUGGGGCUUCUUUUACCAACAUAGAGGUAUUUGGGAAAGGUUGGGUGCUUUUCCUGAAGAGAGAGGCCGCUGAAUCUUCCCCAAACCCCAGACCCAGGGUCCCCCACCAUGUCCAUCUCAUAACCUUGUUUCCUAGCAGCAUUCUCUGGUGGGUGGAAGCCACAGCUUGGAACCCCGUGUGGAGCUGGCCCUGGGGAGUAGGGCCGGGUGGAAGCUGACAGACAUCAGUUGUGCCCUCUCUAUGGCCAUGGCAAGAGCCCAGGGCCGAGAACCUUGAGGAGUGAGCAAAUCAAGAUGCUGCCCUGCCCCGCCCCCGUACCCUCGCCCUUGCCUCCCCCAGGAAUGAGCUUUGUCCACAGCCUUCCCUGCCUGCCGCCAUCGAUGAGAGGGGCUCUCUGCAUCUGAGCCCCACAUCUCCGUGCCACCUGGGUGUGGAGACCAUGACUAUUUUGGUCCACCUCAUUCUAAACCAAAAAAAAAAACUGCUCCUUCGCCGUCACCCUGAGGCCCCAGGGGAGAGGCUCUGUGGGUUGGUGCCCAAGAGGUGACCAUCAUCCAGGGGCUGCCUGAGAACCUUGGGUCUCCCCUAGGGGUCUUGGUUGCUGCUGCUUCUCUGUAUCUGCCUCUUGUGGUCCUGUCCUUUCCCAGUGUCCACUUUCCCCAAGAGAGGCCUUGGUAGCCCCUCUCCCUUGGGGCAUCCUUAGCCUCAGCAUCCCUAUAGUCCAGCAGCCCUGCCCCUCCCCAGCAUCACAGCUGGUCCAGAGAGAGCCGAUUGUGCCAACGAGGACUGGGCCCUGCCCAGCUGCCCGCCUCAGGGAUGGGCACCUCACGCCUGUCUCGCCCGCCACCUGUGCCAAUGUCCCACCCCCCACCUGGGGGCGGGGUGCAGCUUCCACUUACCGGUUAGAAGAUACCACUGCCCGACCUUUCGCUCCCUGUCUUGUCCCGUGCCCACCUGUCUGUCUAUUUGUCUGUACUCCUCUAGGAGAGAUAUUUUGCCACAUAUAAAACCGCAGCCCCGUCCUUUGCGGCCA